AGCAGGCCGUCUUGGCCCACCUCAUUCCCCAUGGGCAGAUGAAAAGGGCUCCUUCUCCGGCAACAGCACCGCGGUCUCGCCGCGUCGGUACAAGGAUGUCCCCUGAACGCCGUUGUAUCGACGCCUGUCCGUGGCCAUGCCCGCCCGAGAUCAUGUGGCAUCUGCCCCCUACGGUUGACAGAAAGCGAGCCGAAUGAAGGUUUGUUUCCCCCCCUCGGCGAGUGGGUAGCCUGGACGCGGGCGCGUGUCUGCAAGGAGCGGAGAGAAAGGCCUUCUCCACCAUGCAAUCCACGGUCCUGGGCACGGCGGGCCGAGACUAGCGGCCUGUCCGUCCUACAUAAAAGGGCCUUGUCGCCCGGCCAGGUGCCUAGAUGUCACGCUGGUCUCCGGUCCCCGGUCUUUGCUCAGCAGCUACAACGCCCACCCGACUGCAGCAUCUUCGGUCCAGAAGCACCAUGUCGACCAAGGACGGCAAGGACGGCAAGGACGCCGAGGCGCUUCCGCCCUCAUACUUCCACGUAGACUCUUCCAUCGUGGCGGACGAGAAGAAGGAGGCCCCUGUGACGAGCCAUGGGACCGAGGUCCCCGCCACCGCCGCGCUCGAGGCCGUCCUGGCCGAGUGCAAGCCGAGCAUGUUCUCUGCGGGCAUGCUCAAGCUGUGGGCUAUCAUGUCGAUUGGCUACCUCGUCUCAACCAUGAAUGGAUUCGACAGCUCACUCAUGGGUGCCAUCAACGCCAUGAAGCCGUACCAAGAGUCCUUCGGCCUCACUGGCGCUGGCUCUACGACGGGUAUCGUCUUCAUCACAUACAACCUCGGCCAGAUCGCCUCGUUCCCUUUCUGCGGCAUGCUGGCUGAUGGCUGGGGCCGUCGCUGGUGCAUCUUCAUCGGCUGCGUCAUCGUUCUCAUCGGCACGGCUGUCCAGGGCACCGCCACCACCCUGAACCAGUUCAUCGGCGGCCGCUUCGUUCUUGGUUUCGGCGUCUCCAUCGCCUCCGCCGCCGCACCCGCCUACACAGUCGAGCUGGCCCACCCCGCCUACCGCGGAUUCAUGGCUGGCAUGUACAACAACCUGUGGUGGAUGGGCAACAUUCUGGCCGGCUGGACCACCUACGGAACCAACAGGAACCUGACCGACGCUUGGGCCUGGAAGAUCCCGACCAUCUUGCAAGCCGCCCUCCCUGCAGUCGUCAUGGUCCUUAUCCUCUUCUUCCCCGAGACUCCCCGCUGGCUCAUCGCCCAGGACAGGACCGAGGAGGCUCUCGAGAUCCUGGCCAAAUACCAUGGCGACGGAGACCGCAACCACCCGGUCGUCCAGCUCGAGUACCGCGAGAUCGUCGAGCAGGCCAACCUCUACACGACCGACAACCGCUGGUGGAAUUUCCGCGAGCUUGUGCACACGAGGCCCGCUCGCUACCGGCUGUACAUGGUUAUCGGCAUGGCCUUUUUUGGCCAGUGGAGCGGUAACAAUGUUGUGUCUUACUUUAUGCCCGAGAUGGUCAAGCAGGCCGGCAUCACAGACAGUAGCACGCAGCUCCUGAUCAACGCCAUCAACCCCAUCUUCGCCAUGUUCGCCGCAAUUCUUGGCGCCUACAUGCUGGACCGCAUCGGCCGCCGGAGCAUGAUGCUCUACAGCCUGGGUGCCUGUUUCGUUUUCUACGUCCUCCUCACUGCUUUUACCGCCAACGCCAACAUCGCUGGCAUGUCGUAUGGCGUAAUCGUCGCCAUCUACCUGUUUAAUAUCGCCUUUGCUUGGGGUUUCACUCCGCUCCAGACCCUAUACUCGGUCGAGUGCCUGGAGACGCGCACUCGCGCCAAGGGCUCCGGCGCCAACUUCCUCUUCCUCAAUAUUGCUAUGGUCAUCAACACCUACGGCAUCAGCGAGGGCAUGGAGAAGAUUGGCUGGAAAUUGUACAUUGUGUACUGCGUCUGGAUUCUUGUCGAGAUGGUGCUCAUCUACUUCUUCGCUGUCGAGACGGCCGGCAAGACGCUCGAGGAGAUCAGCGAGAUCUUCGAGGCCGAGAACCCGAGGAAGGAAAGCCUCAAAAAGCGCAACGUCGCCAUUGGCCGCAGCGAUACCAAGGACACCCAGGUCUAGAUACAAGGCACAUAUUUGGUGUGUGCGCUGAGACGGGUCUAUGUAAAUCAUGUGAAAACACUGGCUUUUACUGGCUGUGCACUAAAAUAGUAAUAAUAUGUUCCGAGUUGAGAAGGGUGAACCGUGGAGAUGAG